AUGGAAAAUUUUGCAAAUGAAGAAGACGAAGAAGAAGAAGAAGAAGGAGAAGGAGAAUCUGAACCAGAAGCAGAAGCAGACACAGAUCAAGAAGAAGAAGAAGCUCUUCCUUCUGAUGAGCCACCACCCUCCACUCAAACCGAUGAUCCUCCCGUUCCUGAUCCUCCAUUCGAUCCCAGCCGAAUGAUUGGCAUUAUUAGAAGAAAGUCCUUGAUCAAAGAGUUAGCUGCUAUGUACCAUGCCGAGUGCCUUUCAUACUGUCAAGAGCUUUUGCAGCUUCAACGAAAAGGGGAUGAGGUCAGAUGCCAUGCUCUCAUACUUGUUUCUAUGUUUCCUUUGCUUAAUAUUACUCAUUUGAUAAAGAUGUAUGCUUGA